UUUAUAUUUUGAAAGUGCCUGGUAAAAGUGGACUUAUUGUAAAGCUUUUUCUUCGUGUCCAACAUCAGUGAGUGAGUGAAGGACGAUGGCAUCUGCUGAACAGCAUUGUGACACACAAGAUGAGAUGGAAGAAGACAAGCUGAAACACAAGGAAGACCAGAUGAGCAGCAGAGAUCACACUGGAGUCAGUGUUGAUCUGAAUGCUGAAACAGGAGCAGCUGUAAAUGCCCCUUUACUCAAUAGAAACACCAUCACAUCAGUGACCUUCAUCUACAACACUGCAGGAAACGCGCCACAAAAAGCCUCAGAAAGACAGACGGAGAAGCACACAGUAGAUCAAGGUUCAACUGCAGAGGACAGUACAGCUGCUCUUCAUGAGAUCAGCCGCAGACUGAAGAACAAAUUAAAACAGGAGUAUGAACGAAUAUUGGUUGGUAAUUCUCAGACGGGUCAUCAGAAAUACCUGAACAAUAUUUACACUGAUCUAUAUGUGGUGGAGAAUGAGACUGGAGGAAUAGUGAGUGAGCACGAGGUGAGACAGAUCGAAUUCAAACAAUUUGAUGCCAAGGACACACCAAUCCAGUGCAAUAACAUUUUUAAAGUCCAUAAGGGUCAACGAAACAGAAGAGUGCUGACGAUGGGCAUCGCAGGGGUAGGAAAAACAGUCUCUGUCAAUAAAUUCAUCCUUGACUGGGCUGAAGGAACAGAAAAUCAGGAUAUUACAUUAAUAUUUCCUCUUCCAUUCCGUAGACUGAAUUUGAACACAAAAAACUGCAGUCUAAUGGGACUGCUUCACAAAUACUUUAGUUAUCCUAAAGAACUGGCCUCUCUUCCUGAUGGUGACGGUAAAAUCAUGUUCAUCUUUGAUGGGCUGGAUGAAUGUCGCUUCCCUUUGAACUUUAAAGAGGAUGACGAAUUUACAGAUGUUCACAAAGAAACAACAGUGAGUAAGAUAGUUACAAGCCUGAUCAAGAGACAACUGGUUCCUUCUGCUCUCAUCUGGAUCACAACCAGACCAGCAGCAGGCAGUCUGAUACCCCGAGACUACAUUGAUCAGGUGACUGAAGUGCGAGGAUUUAAUGAUGAGCAGAAAGAGCAAUACUUCAACAAAAACAGCAGUCCUGAGGUUGCUGGAAACAUUAUCCGUCACAUCAGGAAAUCCAGGAGCCUGUACAUCAUGUGCCACAUCCCCGUCUUCUGCUGGAUCUCUCUCACUGCUCUUCAGCCUCUACUGGCUCGAGAGAGCAAUGACAAAACACCCACAACUCUCACAGGGAUGUACACAAACUUCUUACUUACUCAGCAGCAAAAGAUGAAAACAAAAUACAGUUGUCCUGAACCUAAAGCCAAUGCCAGGUCUUUUGAUCAGAUUAUUCGAAAGCUUGGGAAACUGGCCUUCAAACAGCUGGAGAAAGGAAACCUGAUUUUCUACAAGGAAGAUCUUAAGGAAUGUGGACUAGAUGUCAGUGAAGGGUCGGUGUUCUCUGGGUUAUGCACUCAGAUCUUUCAGGAGGAAAAAGCUGUUUCAGCAAGAAACGUUUACAGCUUCGUACAUCUCAGCAUCCAGGAAUUCCUUGCUGCUCUCUAUGUGUUUUUGAUUAGCAAAGAUAAGAAAGCAAAGCUACUUUUUCAAUCUCUGAAAGAAAAACUGACAUGGAAACUAUCCGGAAGGACACUGUUUAAGCUUCAUAAGGCUGCGAUCGACAAGGCUUUACAAAGCGAGAAUGGACACUUGGACCUUUUCCUCCGGUUCCUCCUGGGUCUCUCUCUGGAGUCCAAUCAGAGUGACCUGAAGGAAUUAGUGCCACGACUGAAACUCAAAACAGAGAACAUGAAAAGCACUGUUGACUAUAUCAAACAGACAAUAGAGAACGAGGAAUCAGUGGAGAGGACCAUCAAUCUCUUCCACUGUCUAAAUGAAAUGAAAGAUGACUUUGUGGAGGAAAUCCAGAAGAACCUGAGCUCAGGAAAGCUUUCAGCACAGAAUCUCUCCUCUGCUCAGUGGUCUAGACUGGUGUUUGUGCUCCUGAUGUCAGAAGAGACUCAAGAGAAGUUUGAACUGCAGAAAUACAGAAGAUCUGAUGAAGCAGUGAUGAGACUGCUGCCAGUGAUCAAAAACACAAGAAAAGCACUGCUACAAUGCUGUAAUCUCACUGCUCAGUGCUGUAAGAGUUUGUCAUCAGCUCUACAAUCCUCAAACUCCUUCCUGAGAGAGCUGGACCUGAGUAACAAUGACCUACAGGAUUCUGGAGUGAAGCUUCUUUCUGAUGGACUAAAAAGUCCAAACUGUCAGCUAGAGAUACUGAGAUUUUCCACAUGUAAUCUCACUGCUCAGUGUUGUGAGAUUUUGUCAUCAGUUCUACAAUCCUCAAACUCCUUCCUGAGAGAGCUGGACCUGAGUAACAAUGACCUACAGGAUUCAGGAGUGAAGCUUCUUUCUGAUGGACUAAAAAGUCCAAACUGUCAGCUGGAGAUACUGAGACUGUCUGGCUGUAUGGUGACAGAGGAAGGCUGUGGUUAUGUGUCUUCAGCUCUGAGUUUGAACCCCUCACACCUGAAAGAGCUGGACCUGAGCUACAAUCACCCAGGAGAUUCAUUCAUUGAUAAAUUCAACCAUCAAAACUGCACACUGGAUAAACUUAAUGUGGAUCAUGGGGGAGAGUUCAGGAUAACAGCAGGACUACACAAAUGAGCUUGACAGAGGGGUCUUUAGAGGUGCAGUCAUUGGUGUACAGGGAGAAGAGCAGUGGGGAGAGGACACAGCCCUGAGGGGCGCCGGUGCUGAUGGAGUGGGUGCUGGAUGAGAGUUUUCCCAGCCUCACUAACUGCUGCCUGUCUGUCAGGAAGCUGGUGAUCCACUGACAGAUGGAGGUGGGUACAGAGAGCUGGGUUAGUUUAUUCAGGAGGGUAUCCGGGAUUAUGGUGUUGAAAGCCGAACUGAAGUCCACAAACAGGAACAGGAUUAUGGGUGCAACAGUCUGUCAAUGGCAGUCCCUUAUGAAACUGAACCAUUACUACAGUGACCAUAGUUCAGCUGAGCCUAUAGUAUUUGUAGAUUUCCAUGGUUACCACUACAAAUAAACAUUUUAACCAUGUGUAAACAAAAAUAUAAUCUAAUAAAUUGCAAUUAAGGCAAUUUGAAUGUUAAAUUACCUUUCAAAUAUAAUAGGAAGUAGGUACCAUGACCCAUUUUGCUCUUAGUAAUUCAAUAAUUUAAUAACUUAAAUUCAGAUGAGAGGUAUCGUAUCGGUAUCGGCGAUUUUGGCCUUGAAAGUAUCGUAUCGAAAACAAAAUAAGCGGUAUCGCCCAUCCCUAGUUUAGUGUCUAAAAAUGCUCGUCAAUGUCAAAAUGUCUGCGAUAUCCAAUCAAAUCGAAGGAGGCGGGAUUUACUGUCCACAGAAACCGAGCAGCGCGGCACUUUUUAAUGCUUGAAGAAUGCGAGCCGAGGUAAGAUAAGCAGCUGAACAUGACGAGACAAUAACAUACAGCAAUAUUUACAGACUGUUUACGAUAAAACAAAGUACAUUCAUUCCAGAGAUGCAACUACUUCUGGCCUUUUUGAACUUCAUAUUUUAAUGCCAUGUUAUUCUCACACAAUGAACAAAGAAACAUUAACGUAGCCUAUAGUUUUCAGCAUGUCAGAUAAGAGUGAAUGUUUGUGUAGCCUGUCUGUUGUCAGGAUUUCUAAUUUCACAAUCAUCUGAAAAUUAUUCAUAAAACUCAAAAUAUCAUUCUCAAAUUUACACUAAAACAUGGUAAUAGCCUAUUUCAUAUUCAAGUAGCCUAUGUCCCGUGUUAGGAAAGUAUCUAAAAUAAAAAUAUAGGCUAAUUUGCUAAUUAGUUCACAUGCAUUAUUUUACACACUGGAGAUCAAAAGUUUGAAUUAAGACUUAAUGUUUUUGAAAGAGGAAGGCUGAAUUUAUUUGAUCAAAAAUACAAUUAAAAAAAUAUAAAAUAUUUAUAAAAUUUCAAAUAGAUGUUUUCUAUGUGAAUUUAUUGUAAAAUAUAAUUUAUUCCUGUGAUCAAAGCUGAGUUUUCCUCAUCAUUACUCCAGUCUUCAGUCAUGUGAUCCUUCAGAAAUCAUUCUAAUAUGAUGUAUUUUUUCAUAAACAUAAGAAUUUUUACACUUUUUUCCACAACUGGACCUGUAUUCCAUAAAAUGACCGAAGCCCCUGAAAGGACAAACACUAGAAAGGCACCAUAAAACAUUCUGCACUACAUUCUAAGACCAAACCAGAGCAUUGUUAUGGAUGGUUUAAUGGCAGGUACUGAACUUUAGUGAUAUUAAACUUCCUGUAUGGAAAAGAGAUUUGACAUUUUUUUUUUAAUUAUUCACUAUUUGCCAUGUGCACCAGGAAAGACAAAUUAUAACGUAAAGAAGUAUGCCAGUCAUUCAUUAAUGUUAAUAAGUAUUUCAAUAAUAAUAAUAAAAAAAAUAGCAUUUAUAUUUCUGUACAAAUAGCAUUUAUAUUUUAUGUUAUUAAGUGGUGUAAAAAACAUUGGUGGGUUUUAUGGUGAGGUGUGUUGUGGACCGUGUGAUGGGCCGCUUUGUGCUGGAGAGUCCAGGGCCACUUUUUUGCCCCAAUCUGCCCCUGUUAAUAACUAUGAUUGGGACUGUCAUACAGGUGCUGGUCAUAUA